AUGGCCGCCUGCUCCUUCUUCUUCUUCGACGCCGAGCCGAUCAGCGAGCCCGCCAUGCCCGUGCAGGACGCGUGCGCGCUCUGCGCCAAGCAGCUCGCCCGCGACAGCGACGUCUUCAUGUACAGAGGGGACACGCCCUUCUGCAGCGAGGACUGCCGCCACCACCAGAUGCGCCUCGACGCCAGGCAAGCGGCCAAGGCGGCUGCCCGCAGGCAGAAGCACUUCUCGUCGGCAACGGCGUCCGGGCGCGGGCACCGGGAGACCCGGGAGGUGCCGGUCGCGAGCUAA